UUAAUGAAGGAAUAGGAAUAAAUCUCAUCAGAGCAAAGCAGCAGAACAGGCAGCUUCUGAUGAGAAACUUCAGUUGCUGAAAACAUUGGGUUAUCUGCAGUUCUUUGUCAUAGGAUUUAAGCUCGUCUUUCCUUUGAAGUACUUUUUCUGCACUGAUUCACCUGCAUCUGGACUGAACAGAAGUCUUGAAAGACUCUACUCAGGUCAUGCUUUGCAUCCUCUAGAUCUAGGUAAAUGGUGUUUUCCAUCUGACUUCCCAUGUCCUAUUCCGAUGAGGAUUCCUUCAAAGAAUGCCUUAAGAUGAUGGUCAAUAUUAUCAUCCUGAACUUGCUCAUUGGCAUUUCUGUGGUUUUCUGGGUCUUGUCCAUGACAGUGAGUACGUACUAUGAUACUUUACAUCCCAUUUCUCCAUGGCGCUGGCUUUUUUCAGUCUUUGUUCCACUAAUGAUUGCUACCCAGGGUCUUAAGAAGAAGAGUCUUGAUUACAGUGGUGCACUGGGAGGAUUGGUGGUUGGAUUUAUCCUUACAGUUGCAAAUUACAGUUUCUUCACUUCUUUGUUUGUAUUUUUUGUAACUUCUUCAAAACUUACUAAAUGGAAAAAAAAUAUAAAGAAACAGAUAGAUUCAGAAUACAAAGAAGGUGGACAGAGGAAUUGGGUGCAAGUAUUCUGUAACGGUGGUGUUCCUACGGAGCUGGCUGUCUUAUAUAUGAUAGAAAAUGGACCAGGUGAAAUUCCAAUCGACUUUUCAAAGCAGUACACGGCAUCGUGGAUGUGCUUGUCCCUUUUGGGAGCUUUGGCAUGCUCUGCUGGUGAUACUUGGGCUUCGGAGAUUGGUAGUGUUAUGAGUAAAAGCAAGCCAAGGUUGAUAACAACCUGGGAAAAGGUUCCAGUAGGUACUAAUGGAGGAGUCACUUUAGUGGGCCUGCUCUCAAGUUUUCUUGGGGGCAUGGUAGUAGGUAUAGCCUACUUUCUAACACAACUCAUUUUUGUGACUGACCUGGAGAUAUCUGCUCCGCAAUGGCCUAUUAUUGUGUUUGGUGCAGCAGCUGGCUUACUGGGAUCAAUUGUUGAUUCAUACUUGGGAGCUACGAUGCAAUACAGUGGUUUUGACCAGAAUAUUGGCAUGGUUGUCAAUCACCAAACAAAAGACUCCAAGCACAUAUCUGGAAAACCUAUAUUAGACAACAAUGCAGUAAAUCUUUUUUCUUCUAUAAUCAUAGCUUUGGCGCUUCCAGGCGUGGCACGAUAUUUCUGGCCCAGGGGUUGAAAUGGUUUAAGGUUUUCUGCAUGCGAUUCUUUUAUGUUCAGUCUUAAAGAAUCUGAAGAGUUCUCUUCAAACUCUCUUGAAGUGAGGAAUCUGAAACUUUCAGAAAGCCAAAAGACUUUCUGUCUCAAGUUAUUAAGCCUGUAAGCUUCAUAUAACAAUUGGCAUCUCUCAGGGCAAGGAAGGGGUUUUGUCAGUAUGCUCUUUCUGCUCUUUAAAUGGAUGUAGAUCAUUGCAGCUGAGGUGAAGCACUUCAUUUAUCCUCAUGGAGCUGAAGGGUUGGCAUCUGUUGGUGUCUCUCCAGUCCCCAGCAUCUGGAAGGGCAAGAAGCAGGAAAUGCAAGUCUAAUCCACAUCUGUCAGUGUGAUGGAGCAUUGUAGCUGUUGUCCAAGUCAGAUGCAAAGUACACUGUAACUGUAUGUAGGCAGUGGUAACAGGUGAAAUGGGUGAAUUCUGGUAUUUCCCGUAAUCUACAGUACUCGAGGUUUUAUGGAAAUACUGGAGAGGGGAAGUAAGCCUUGUUGCCUACUCUGUAUCCUGAUCUCCGUUUCCCUGAGAGUAGGGUUGGCAAAAGUGAUGUCACUACAUAUUUGAAGCAAAAGACUAAAUUUAAAGUAAAAACUCAGUAGAUUUUCCAGGAAGAAUAAGAAAUUUGUUGCCCUUUUGUGACAUCUUUAUUUUCAAAGUAACAGUAGUUAUUAAGGUUUUGUCAGUACUAUGGUACUUAUUAAAUUAUCUAAAAUUAAAGAGUACAGUUGUGAAUCCACAUUCAUUUUUCUUUGAAAUAGAACCUAUUUUUUAUAAGCAUGGAAUCAUUCCAUAAUGUUUAGCAUACUGACCGCACUAUACUCUUUUUGAUUCUUCUGGUGGAAGUGUUUCCCAUUUUGGUUGGAGUUGCUCUUCUAAGGUGAUGACCUCAGCCAAAGAAGCUACAGACGUUUAUCCUCAUAGUGAAUGGGGAAAAUCUUGCUUAUAAACCAUUUCAAAAUGGGAAUUUAACUUCUGGUGCUCAGGCAGAUUGUUACCUAUCUUCCAUCACUAAUUUGUAAAAUAGGUGAAAAUAAUUUAGCAUUUAGAUUGUAUUUAAACUUCAGAGGUUCCCUUAUAAUAACCUGUCACUGUCAACUUUCAAAAGGUAGGGCCCAUAUUGUUAACUUAUAAAAAGCUUUUUCUUUUUGUCUUAAAGAUAGGUGAGGUUUUUGUAUAAAACAUCUGAUUUGUUUAUGAAUGUCUUGUGUAUGUUGCUUGUCUAAUUCGCUUGAAUUGUGUUAUGUCACCUUUUAUGGGCACAUUCAAAAAAUUUUAAUACCUUCCUUGUUUCCCUUUUGAAAUCUAGUCUGUAUAAAUCUGUGAUUUAUCACUGGAACUAGUUCAGUGUUAUCCAGUUGCACAAAGGAGACUUCAAACUAGUAAAAGCUUUCUGAAAAGAACGAAUUAUGUGGCUGCUCUCUGUUCCUGUGGAAAAGGCACAAAAUUAUAAAAGGAAUAUAUGCACUUAAACUGUAACAAGAGGCACUUGAGAUUUUUAUGCAUUGUUUGGAUUUGUGCUGCUUCUGAAUAAACACUGUAUUAGCUGUCUUUUAAGAUUUUAUUGAUACUGUUGUGAUUUCUAGAAUUAUGAAACGUGCAAUUUCUGUAAGAUUCUUUCAUUUAAAUGCCUUAUUUUUUUU